UGCACCUCAUUUCAAUAACACAGCUGACAAUGCCAAGACCUCUCUCUAUGUGUGGUACCACAGAGGAGAUUUAUUAUUACCAAGUCUGUUCAGUGAGGAAGAGCUCAGGCCGCUCAAGGAGAGAUUCCAGGGGUCUUUUUGCAAGCCAUUACACUGAGACACAUUACCUGGAGGAUGGAAGUGCAGUCACCGGUGCUCACAACUUCACGAAUAACUGCUACUACCACGGUGAAGUGCAGGCGCACCCAAACUCUGAUGUCACCCUCAGCACCUGCUCAGGCCUUCGAGGCUUCAUUGCGCUUGAAAACAAGACAUUUAUCAUUGAGCCGGUGUCUGGCAAUGUCACCGGGGCCCACUUCAUCUACCGAGUGGAAGAACUCGGACUGACCCCAGGAGCCUGUGGCCACGGCUUCAACAUGUCCUCUGUUGCCCCUGAAAACAACAUCCGAAGCCCCUUUCAAUCCUUCCACACGAGGCAUAAAAGGCAUGCUCAGAAGACAACCAAGUACGUUGAGCUGAUCAUUGUUGCAGACAACAGAGAGUUUCAGAAACAGGGGAGGGAUGUGGAGAAAGUGAAACAGAGACUGGCAGAGAUAGCCAAUUAUGUGGACAAGUUCUACAGGGCCCUGGACAUCCGGGUGGCACUGGUGGGUCUGGAGGUUUGGAGUGACUCUGAUAAAUGUCCCAUCACCCAGGAUCCCUUCACCACCCUGCACGAGUUCCUAGACUGGAGGAAAGUCAAACUGCUGCCCCAGAAACCUCACGACAAUGCUCAGCUCAUAAGUGGGGUCUACUUCCAGGGAACCACCAUUGGCAUGGCGCCCAUUAUGAGCAUGUGCACAGUUGAGCAGUCUGGAGGCAUUGUCAUGGAUCACUCUGAGAACCCACUAGGUGCAGCUGUGACUUUGGCACACGAGCUGGGACACAAUUUUGGCAUGAACCACGACACCCCAGAGCGUGGCUGUGGCUGCAGGAUGACUGUUGACCGUGGAGGCUGCAUAAUGACCCCCUCCACAGGGUAUCCAUUCCCAACAGUGUUCAGUACAUGCAGUAAGAAAGACCUUGCUGCCAGUCUGGAGAAGGGCGUGGGCAUGUGUUUGUACAACAUGCCCGAGGUCAAGGUGCUCUAUGGUGGCCAGAAGUGCGGCAACGGCUACGUGGAGGAGGGAGAAGAGUGUGACUGCGGGGAGCCAGAGGAAUGUAUGAACCCAUGCUGCAACGCCACCACAUGCACCCUCAAGGGAGACGCCGUUUGCGCCCACGGACAGUGCUGUGAAGACUGCAGGCUGAAACUGGCUGGCACGUUGUGUCGAGAGUCCAGCAACUCCUGUGACCUGCCAGAGUUCUGCACUGGUGCCAACCCUCACUGCCCAGCCAACGUUUAUCUGCAUGAUGGGCACGCCUGCCACAGCGUUGAAGGCUACUGCUACAACGGCAUCUGCCAGACUCAUGAGCAACAAUGCAUCACCCUGUGGGGACCAGGAGCCAAGCCUGCCCCUGGGAUAUGCUUUGAACGGGUCAACUCUGCAGGGGAUCCUUAUGGGAAUUGUGGGAAGGACUCCAAAGGCUCCUUUGCCAAAUGUGAUGUGAGGGAUGCAAAGUGUGGUAAAAUUCAGUGCCAGGGAGGAGCCAACCGGCCCGUCAUCGGAACAAACGCUGUUUCCAUUGAAACCAACAUCCCGCUACAAGAAGGAGGGCGUAUUCUGUGUCGAGGAACACAUGUUUACUUGGGCGAUGACAUGCCUGAUCCUGGACUGGUUCUGGCUGGUACAAAGUGUGGAGACGGCAUGGUGUGCCUGAAUCGGCAGUGCCAGAAUGUCAGUGUCUUUGGUGUGCACGAGUGCUCUGGAAAGUGCAAUGGACGUGGGGUGUGCAACAACAAGAAGAACUGUCACUGUGAAGCACACUGGGCCCCUCCAUUCUGUGAGAAAGCAGGCUUUGGUGGGAGCAUUGACAGCGGGCCAAUGAGACUGGCAGAUGUGCGCGUGUGUGUAUUAAUGUGCGUGUUGUCAUAUAUGGCAUCAGCCGACAGCGUGGUCAUUAUUGUGGCAAUCCUGGUCACACUGGUCAGCCUUCUGGUAACCACCGUGAUCAUCUUUCUGAAGAGGAAGACUCUGCUGCGCCUCCUCUUCACCAACAGGAAGAGCACCUUGGAGAAACUCAGAUCUGUGGAGGCCAACAGACCAACCAGCCCCAUCAGGAAUCAGUCCAUGUACAGGCCAACAGCACAACGCAAGCCUCCAUCAAAACCCUCUGGAGCCAACAUAUAUAAGCCAUCUCUCCUGAGUGCAGAGCCUCUUCUCCCUCCACACAACUUCCACUCUCAUAGCCUGCGCAGACUGCCCCUCUACCAGCCCCUGCACAUCAGCCAGCCCAUACCGGCGUGUCUGAGUGUGGGCCAGCCCACAUUGCCUCCUCUCCCAGCCCACCUCAGGGUCCUGCCGGCCCACACGUCCCUUUCCCCACCUCGAGUGCCACCUUUUCUCAGUCUGCCCCGCCAGCAGUCAUCGUACAGAGUGGACCAGACCUGUGCCGGUGUUGCCCUACAGACCACCAAAGACUCAUAAGGACUGCUGAGCUCUUGACAUCAUGGACGAGUAGAUCUCCCACCAACAGUCGGAGACUUAGUUGAUUUGCACUAAAUACUGAGACUCUGUAAGACCUUUCGGACACUUGGAAGUAUCACAGAGUUUCCAGUGAAAGAGGGCUAACAUCCCACCUCGGUGCUAUGCCUCUAAAGGUGCUUUGUUGUCCUCGCUCAGGUACCAAUUAACUAUUUAUCUAUUUAAGUAUUUAACACCGAUAUUACCAGUGUGCACAGAGCUCUCCGAUCAAGAGUGACCUUCCCAACGGAAAAGUUUAGAAGAAAAGGAAACAUGGUGUGAGAUAUAUAUAUAUAUAUAUAUAUAUAUAUAUAUAUUUUUUUAUUUUUUUUUGCAUUUGGUGAUUUUUAUACUUUUUUUUUUCUCAAAUGAAAUUCUAAAAUAACAAUGAUGUUUUUAUAACCAGUGAAGUUGCUUGAAUAAUUGAAGCGCAAAAAAGGACUAAAAUGAAGAUAAAGGGAAAUGAACGUCAGUUGUUGCAGUAGCUUGUGGGCUGUAGAGCAGUGUUAUUUAUUCCAUUUUUCAUAUUUUUAUUCUGUAUUCAAUACCAAAUACGUAUUUUGUAUCCGUGUCGACACGGUGCUACAAAGUAGAUAUUAAUCAAAAAAUGCUUUUUUAUUAACAGUGGACUCAUAUUAAAGCCUCGGACUACAUUUUUAUGGGAUUAAUCCAAUCAACUCAUUUUACAGUCUCAUGACCAGGCUCUGUUAUUCCCUCAUAAGUUCACUUGUGCAGUAAAGUGCAAACAGGAAAAGUAUUCUUCACAAAUUUCAGACUGGCUCUGGCACACCGCUUGGGGCGUGUGUUGGACGCUCUACAUGUUCUCCUGAUACUGGCAGACGCUGCGGAGUCUCAACAGAUUUGACAGACUGAUUGUGUUCCAGAGAAUUACACCAACACCAAAUAAUUCAACACUUACACUGGUGUUUGUAUGUUUAACGUUCACGCUCACUUUGUCCUUGAGCAUGCGAGCCAAGCAGAAUGACUUCAGUGCUGUGAGCUUUCCAAGCUCCUCCUCGACUGUAUCCAGCGAGAUGCUUCACCGUAUCUGUCCCGUCUUUUCUUUUUUUUUGCCUUCAUUACAUUCCAUUUGGAUUUUGUACGGCUUCUUGAACUCUGAGAUUAUUCAUGCAUUCGCUGCAUCUUUCAUUUGAUUCAAAGCUUAGACUCUGAGUUAAGCAAUUUUAUUGAUGUUAUUUGUUGUUGACUUGCUGCAUAACUGUUAAAAACUUCACAGCACAGUUCUUUUUCCUGUGUUAGUGUUCAUUUUAUAUUUGCAUUGUAUUCAAAUGCAGUGCUUGUCUUCUCACCACUGCAGAAUGAUUGAAGCUGGUAAAGCUCUGCAUACCUGCGUUGCAGCUGUCUACAGAAGUGUGCAAGCAAUGCUUUUUCUUGUUUUGAAAGUGUUCAGAUAUGUUGGACAGUCAGUGUAACUGCUCGCCGCCGGAAAAUAUUUGUCAGUGCUGUGUCCGUGUCGUUAAACGUUUAUGCCAUUUGUAAAUUCUAAAUGUAUUGUUAAUUUGCAUAAGUGUAACAUGUGUAAAACCAUUGUAAAAUGUAAAUAUUGUAUGUCAGUUAUAAUUUUUGUUCCCUUUUUUGUUCUUUUUUACAAGCACAGUAAUGUAAGAACUGCUUUGAGGCCGUGCCCCAUUUACAAUGGGUGGUGAAAACGUGAUUUUGAAGAUUUCAGCGUAUAAUUUGUUGGCUAGAGACAAAUGUUUAAGGAUAACAUUUAAACUGGGAGAUUUUAUUGAUGAACUGAAAGCCAAAUAAAAGUUCCUUUAUAACUGUU